GAGCUGAGUUGCGCUGCUCGGCAAAAUAGUUUCGUCGCUAGAUCACGGUGCGGCAUUUUCCAGCGCCGUUUAGUUUUGAGUGUGACUCGUCGGGCUUUGGAUCUGUUCCGCGGACAUGGACGUCCCAUGUCCCAUAUGGACUCCUUCUCGUUGGAUUCCUUUUUAGGUUUUUGUUUUAUGCCUGUGCCUGGGCCUGUGCUUGUGAUUGUGGCCUGUACCCCCACCCCACCCCACCCAAAGGGGAAGGGGAAGUGGGUGAUUUGUGUUUUUUUCGAGCGCGUUCGCUGUCGUCAUCGGCUGCGUCGUCGCUGCUGCAGCCGUUGCUCAGGGCUUUGAACUGUGGCUGGCGCGUUCAACGGCUUCUCCGCCUGUCGUCGGGAAGCGUGUAACUCCGAAACGAAACGAACCGUUCCGUUCGUUCCAUUAUCGCUCGAGCGAGCGAGCCGCCUGAUAGCCGUCGUCCCCCUGGUCGCCCGCUUCCAAUCAGUCAAUUGUCGUCCCUCUCCCCCUCCCCGUCUCCCACUAAUGAACAUUGAACUGCAAAUUGCAAAAACGUACCAAAAUAACAAACAAACGACGUUGUCGCUGACUGCUCUAGCGGGACUCCCUCCUCUUCGCGCUCGCCUGAUUGCUCGUGGGGAUGGGGUACAUUAACCUUGCGUCCAAAACUCUCUGCCGCUGCUACUCCCACUCGUCUCUCUAUCGAUGUCUUCUAUCUGUCAGAGAUCACUUGCAGACUUUGCAUUGGUUCCGCGUUGGCCAGCUCCAUUGAUCACGUCUGGAACGGAUUACUCAUGGCAGAUCAACGCAAUAAGACGGCACCGACAUCGACCCAUCUCCGGGACGGAAGUAAUGCAGCCUCUCUCUUCAAAAAUGAUAUAGUCAUGCAUUUUAGAGCGAGCGCUGCACGGCCCUGAUAUCACCUCACACCGCUGACGCUGGGGCCCUCUUCCGGUCUGUGGGGCACGUGGGGAGAGCACCGCAAGCAGACCCAGACUAUGCAGCCGGGGAGCGACGCUGCGAGUUUUUGCUCUAGCUUCUUCGACGCUCUCACUGUCUCGACGGGCAAACAUUUCUUGUACUUAAAUCACGCCGCUGCCCAUUGGCAUUUAAGUUAUGCAAUAUUCUCGCAAGCGAGCGCACUCCAGAGACCAUUUAAGCGCGUCUGCCCCGCUUGAACGCAACAUUGUCAGACGAGAGGUAAGCGCGGUCGCAGCAACAAAGGACUAACAAAAUAGGAAGGAAGACCCGCAGGAAUAGAAAGUACAGAGGCCGGAAACGUGUUCGUCAGAUGUCCCCAGUCGUUGUGUGAUAAGUUUAGUUCGUGAUCCACAUCAAGAUUAGUGUCUCUCCACCCUCCUCGCCAAGUGAAGUGGAAGCGAAUUGAAGUGUCAGCUAUGGCCCACUCCAUCUGGCUGUUGCUGGUGGCCCUGCUCACCCUGGUGAACAGUCGCUCGAUCCGCCAACUGCCGAGCGGCUACUCCGGCGGGCCGCAGCACCAUUCACUGCUGCCCAACGGCUACUAUGGACAGCCGUUUGCCUACCAGGCGCCCUAUGGAUACGGCUACCAGGCGCCACCACCGGUAUUCAGUCCACCGGGCAGCUAUUACGAUAGCGUCUAUGGCGUCUACAAGCCUUUCCCCGGAGGCGGAAUCCCAGUUCGAAUAGAUUAUAACAAUCGCUGCUCGAGGAACUACGUGGGGAUUAAGCCGCAUCCCGACCAGCAGGAGUACUACUAUGUCUGCCAGCCCAAUUGUGUGAUCUUCAGCAAGUGCCCGAAACUCGAGAGCUUCAACUCGAACAGUGGUCGCUGCGUCCAUCGGGUCCAGCCACAGGCGCCCCCCUGUGUGAAGGAAGGACGGUUCGCCCAUCCGAGCGACUGCCGGGUCUACUACAGGUGCGACAAAAACGAGUCGUUGCCGUGGCUCUUUGGCUGCCCGUCGGGGACCAUUUUCUCGCCAUUAAAAAAGAAGUGUAUUCCUGGCGACGAGUGCCCAUCGACAGAGAUCUCAAACAGCGGCAGCUAUAUACCCGUUAACUGCGAGAUCAAGUUCCCCGAAUGCACGGAAGAGGGCACCUUCCGGUCGCCCACCGACUGCGCCCUCUACUACACCUGCAAAUUGCAGGAGAGUGGAAACUAUCUGCAAACCCGCUUUAAGUGUCCCGGAAGCAACAGCUACGACCCGCAGCGAAGACUCUGUCGACCACAAAGUGAGGUCAGGUGCCACGAUUAUGUUCCAGUUCCACAGGUUCCCUACCCUCCUCUGCCACAUUUCUACCCGUAUCCAGCUCCGCCUACCCUUUACGAGGAGGAUGACUAUGACACGGCAUCAGGAACAAAGGAACAGGGAAAUGAGCAGUCUGUGUUGCAGUCCGGAAAAGUCGACAAGCCGUCAGUGAAUGUUGUCAUUCUUCCCACGACUACUACAACUACGGCUUCCCCUCGAAUCUAUCCUUCCUAUGAAUAUCCAACGUAUCAAUACGGAUCCGAACCUGCAGCUGAGAGUCUCGUAGAGGAAGAUUCCGCCACUAUAAGAUCCAAGCCGUCUGUCAAUAUAGUCGUCCUUCCGACAACACCAAAGUACACCAGCAAGGGAACCACCAAAUACCAGUAUAAAAGAUACACCUAUUCUACAGCCAAAAAUAAUGAAGUUACCGAGGCACCUGAACAGAUGGAAACCCUCAAGGCUUUCAAGGGACAUCUGUCCGAAAGAAUUGUUAUUCUGCCAACCUCCUCCACACCCGGCGGCACUUCAAAGAGUACAACAGUGAAACGAGAGAGCUCCACCGAGGCACCGUCUAAUCCUACAAUGCCCACAACGCCUCCACAUUGCGUGCCGCCGGCUACACCAACUGCGAAACCAGCAACUACAUCCACGACCAUAGCUACUACUGACAAACCGAAAACGACUACUCAGAAAUCGACAACAACCAUAACCACAACUCCAAAGCCAACAAAAACCACUCAAGAAAUGACAACAGAAGAAAGCACCACUCAAAAGCCAACGACAACACGAAAACCGGCAACUACACCCACAGUUGAAACGACGACAACUCCGAAAUUAACUACAACGCUGAAGUCGACAACUAUUACAAGCACCACACAAGAACCUAUAACGACAACACCGAAAACGUCGACAGUUACAACCACAACUCCUAAAACAACAGUGACAACUCCGAAAUCGACAACUGUUACAAGCACCACCCAGAAACUAACAACGACAACUCCGAAAACGACGACAAUUACAACCACAACUCCUAAAACAACAGUGACAACUCCGAAAUCAACAACUAUUACAAGCACCACUCAGGAACUAACAACGACAACUCCGAAAACGUCGACAAUUACAACCACAACUCCUGAAACAACAGUGACAACUCCGAAAUCAACAACUAUUACAAGCACCACUCAGGAACUAACAACGACAACUCCGAAAACGUCGACAAUUACAACCACAACUCCUAAAACAACAGUGACAGCUCCGAAAUCAACAACUAUUACAAGCACCACUCAGGAACUAACAACGACAACUCCGAAAACGUCGACAAUUAAAACCACAACUCUUAAAACAACAGUGACAACUCCGAAAUCGACAACUGUUACAAGCACCACCCAGAAACUAACAACGACAACUCCGAAAACGACGACAAUUACAACCACAACUCCUAAAACAACAGUGACAACUCCGAAAUCAACAACUAUUACAAGCACCACUCAGGAACUAACAACGACAACUCCGAAAACGUCGACAAUUACAACCACAACUCCUGAAACAACAGUGACAACUCCGAAAUCGACAACUGUUACAAGCACCACUCAGGAACUAACAACGACAACUCCGAAAACGUCGACAAUUACAACCACAACUCCUAAAACAACAGUGACAGCUCCGAAAUCAACAACUAUUACAAGCACCACUCAGGAACUAACAAGGACAACUCCGAAAACGUCGACAAUUAUGACCACAACUCCGAAAUCGACAACUGUUACAAGCACCACCCAGAAACUAACAACGACAACUCCGAAUACGUCGACAAUUACAACCACAACUCCUGAAACAACAGUGACAACUCCGAAAUCAACAACUAUUACAAGCACCACUCAGGAACUAACAACGAAAACUCCGAAAACGUCGACAAUUACAACCACAACUCCGAAAUCGACAACUGUUACAAGCACCACUCAGAAACUAACAACGACAACUCCGAAAACGUCGACAAUUACAACCACAGCUCCUAUAACAACAACUACAACUCCGAAAUCGACAACUAUCACCAGUACCACUCAAAAACCAACAACAACAACACCCAAAACGUCGACUAUAACAACCACCACAGUACAAACAACAACUACAACUCCGAAAUCUACAACUAUUACCAGUACCACUCAAAAACCAACAACAACAACUUCGAAAACUUCGACUAUUACAACGACAACAGCUCAACCAUCAUCAGCACCAUCGACAAAAACCACAAGUCCCCAACCGUCAAGUACCACCACACUUCAAACAACGACAAAAAUUACCAGCCAGCCGUCAACUAAGACAACUGCCAAGAGAACGACUGUGGAGAUCCUAAGCACGUCCACUGCAGCCAUAAGCACUCCGACGACAACUCCUUCGAGCGGGGAGACGACUGUAACACAACCAGCCUGCCCUGAUCAUGGAUCUACCGAAGAUACAAAGACACACAUUGCAUGUACACAACAAAAUCAACUACAAGAACAAGAACCAAUACAAAGACCACAAGAACUCAAAAAUACAAACACCAACACCGAAUUAUCAAUAAGUAAGAAUCUGUUCGUUAGGGAGAAAGAUUUGCAGGAGCAUGUGGUAGCCCACAAUUUCGUUUCCAGUGAACUGAACCUUGACUACAUGGAUGACGCGGCACUGGUGGAAGUAGACGGCAAAGCGGAAGUGGAUGCGACAUUCGACAAGCGCACGACAGAGAGUCCCACGACGAAAGAAUCCGCAAUGUCAACGAUGGCUGCGGCACAUCUGCUGGAGAAGCUGUUCCAUGUGAUAUCCACCCCUCCGCCGACCACCAUUCGCACUCCCACUCCUAGUGUGACCCUCGCUCAGCUGGCCAGGCAUAACCUGGCCACGUCCAAGCCUUUCAUUGCCGAGUCUCUGCGGCUAUCCAUCAAACAGUUGGCCUCUACGCAGAAGCGUUCAAUUCAACAGAAGUCCCCUAUGAUGGUAGCGCUAAACUCUACGAAGGAGGAUCACGAAGACUCAGAAUAUUAUGACAGCGAAACAUCUGAGCUCUACGAAGAUAGAGCGAACGAAGUUGUGGAGAUGAAGACUACUAAAGCCAUGGCUAGCACUACCUCAGCCGCUGUGGUCCCGGCUCUGCCCGCAUCCCUCCCCCAGGAGCGGGUUAAAAGCACUUCCACUACGUCCAGCCCACUGCCGAAUCACUCUUCCACAACGAUGGCUAGUGAUUCGGAGUACGCGGAUAAUUAUGUGGACUCUGACUAUGUUAAUGAUGAAGCUCAGCCCUCGGGCUUAGCAUUGAGAAACGAUGUUUUCGGAGAAGCGAAGAGCUUGGACACAGAAGCACACAAGAGAAUGCUGAUGAGGCUUCUCAAAGAGAAGUUAACCCACCCACAAGAGGUCAAGAUGUCGACUACAACCACUGAAUCAUCUCAGAAAAGUUUUCUCAUGAGUCUGCUAAAAGAUAGGCUUAACCUACCGAAUGAGUCCCAAAUAACAACCACAUCCACUGAAACGCCUCAAAAGAGUUUCGUGAUGACCCUGCUGAAAGAGAGGUUAAGUCGUCCGCAAGAGACUAAGGCACUAACGCGACCACUGCAGAAAAGUUUUCCAAUGAGCGUGCUCAGGGAUCCUUCGGAUCCAGAAGAGAUUUCCACAUCCACAGCAACACCUCAGACAUCCACAUCCACAGCAGCACCUCAAAUAUCCACUUCCACAGCGGCAGCACAUAGAUUGCCAUCCACAGCAGCACCUCAAAUAUCCACAUCCACAGCAGCAGCUCCGACAUUCCCAUUCCCCAGCACGGGUACGAAUACGACAGCGCCUGCAGAGGAUCCUGCAAGAAAUUCGAGCAAUCUCAGCUCCGAGUAUUAUGAGGAUGAGGACUACGAUUCUCCGAGCGAUGCAGAGAGUACGGACCAAGUGAAUGCCACAGAAGGAUCCGUUGAAGGCAAGAAGGACAUCGAACAACGGCCAGGCACUGCGAAGCGACACUCCAUCCUACCAGGGCCGCAACAAGCGAUCAGCACGAUUUCUAUUGAAAAUGAACUAGCGAUGAACUGGGACGAAGUCAAAAUGCAAUCCAGACCUGAGAAUGAUGGGUUUCUGCUUAAAGCGCUACCCAUUAGGGGAAAUCGUUUCGACAUUUCCACCGCUAGUUCAAUAAAACAAAUACAGCCGCCCUUGGGUCUGGGUGCAUCGCCAACAGAGGCUCCAAGAACCACACAAAAAUCAGCAAUAAUAAUAGAAAGCUCCACAUUAGCAACAUCAACUACACCAAUUAGAAUAGAAACAUCAAGAGCAGCUUCAAAAAUAGCAACAAGUGUAUCAACAAUAGCACCCACAACAGAUUCAACAUUAACACCAACCACAAGCAGACGACCAUCAACAGUUGAUGACGAAAGUACAACAACACCAACAGCCGAAAAGGCAUCCACAACACCACCAACACCACCAACACCUGAAAUCAGAACAGAAUCUGAAUCAGAAUUAAUCACAGCAACAAGACACAAAGAAGUCCUGAGAGUAAACAGCAUGCCUUGGCUGCUGGAGGCCCAGAACCAAACCGUACAUCUAACGCCAAUUUCCAUUGCCACUAAGUAUGGUAACCCAGUGACCCAUGAUGUUAAUCGUUCGUUCAACCCAUUAGUGUCUAAUCCUGGCGACUAUGCCACCGAAAAGGUGCCCGAGCUCAUCCUGAAGGUGUUUGAGCCCAUCGAUUUGAAGAUUGUAUUCUGCCCAAAGUCCUGCGAAGAGGACCACGACCACAAAUAUGACCCAGCUGAUAAUUAUAAGAAGCCCAAUUGCUUGGGGAGCUGUGACGAUGACCAUCCACCGGCCCACCACAGCGUAGAUCUCAAGUGGAAGCCGCUGACGCUGAAGGACACCGCCAGCUUUCAAACCAUCACGUAGACAGGCAGCACAGAGGCCCUAAGCCUAAGCCUCCACAACAUUCGAGUUUGUACUUAUUGCAAUUCACGCAUUUUGUUUACUUUAAU